UCCCCUUUGUAGCUUUUGUGGAAAGUGUCUAUAGCAGUCUAUGGUCUGUGUUUUAAGCGAGCUUUUAAAGUCACAGCGACCUAUAUAGCGCUGCGUUUGCACCGGCGUUAGAUUUGGCUGGAUUCUGAAGGGAAUUGUGGCCGGAUUCUGUACGAAGAGCUCUUGGAGUGCCGAGAAAAUAUUACGAAAAAGUUCUUUCUAAAGGACGAGCAACCUUCAUCAGAGACAGUCUGCUAGAAUCCUCCUCAGAUUGCGUCGGACAUCCUAAAAUGUUUGAAACGGAGGGAAGGAGCAUGUCUCGGCUGUCUUUAACCCGGUCCCCAGUGUCUCCUCUGGCCGCUCAGGGCAUCCCACUGCCGGCUCAGCUGACUAAAGCAAACGCUCCAGUCCACAUUGACGUAGGCGGGCACAUGUACACCAGCAGUCUGGCCACCCUCACCAAAUACCCAGACUCCAGAAUCAGUCGCCUGUUCAACGGCACAGAACCGAUUGUUUUGGACAGUCUGAAGCAGCAUUAUUUUAUCGACAGAGAUGGAGAGAUAUUCCGCUAUAUCCUGAGCUACCUGAGAACCAUCAAACUGCUUCUUCCUGACGACUUCAAGGAGUUCCAGCUGCUGUACGAGGAGGCUCGGUAUUACCAGCUGACGCCCAUGGUGAAAGAGCUGGAGCGCUGGAAACAGGACCGGGAGCAGCGGCGGGCGGCUCAGCCUUGUGAGUGCCUGGUGGUGCGGGUGACCCCUGACCUGGGCGAGAGGAUUGCCAUCAGUGGGGACAAGGCCCUCAUAGAGGAGAUUUUCCCAGAGACAGGGGAUGUAAUGUGCAAUUCAGUCAAUGCCGGCUGGAACCAGGACCCAACCCACGUUAUUCGCUUUCCACUAAAUGGCUAUUGCAGGCUCAACUCUGUGCAGGUUCUGGAGAGACUGUUCCAGAAAGGCUUCAGCAUGGUGGCGUCGUGCGGCGGGGGUGUGGACUCCUCCCAGUUCAGUGAAUACAUCUUGAGUCGGGAAGACAGACGGUGUCAGACCAGCCACACACCCAUCAGGAUAAAACAGGAGCCUCUGGACUAGCCGGCUCUUGCACCAACCACAAACACCUCAGUCUGCUGUCAAAAGAAAAAAAAAAUGCCAGUAGACAAA